AUGGUAGAUUGGUCAACAUGGUGGUAUAGAGUUAAACCUCUUGGGGAAGGUACUUAUGGAUUUGUUUUCUUAGUUUUACAAGAAAACUUCAAUACACCAAUUGUUGUGAAAACAAUAGAGCUAGAGAAUUCAAAUUCUGUUAUUAAAGAAAACAAAAUCCUUUCACAUUUUAGCAGUUGUCUAGAAAUUGUCAAGUGUUACAGUCACGAGAUAACAAUCGAUGAGGGGCGUCAAUGGUGCAACCUAUUUCUCAAAUAUGCUCCGGCAGGAGACCUAAUAGACUUGAUAGAGAUAGCCAGGGGUCGUAUGCUAGAAAGUGACGUACAAGUAUUUACUCGGAUGAUACUGAAAGGUCUUAGUUGUAUCCAUGCAAAAGGAAUUGUGCACUGCGACAUAAAGCUCGAGAACAUUCUUGUGUUUCCUACCAAAACUGGAUAUCAGCUCGAGAUCGCUGAUUUCAAAUUGGCUAAGGAGCCUAGCGAAGCGCUGUUAGAGACUAAGAAGUACAGAUUACGUGGGACCCUAACUUACAUGCCUUCUGAAUCUGUGGUGCUUGGUAAAAUUGGGAUUGCGAUGGAUAUAUAUAGUCUUUGGGAUGUGUUGUGUUGA